AUGGCGACCAGCGUGGAUCGGCCAAGACGGCAAUAUCUUGGCCUGCUGCCAUGGAGUACAAUAGCACUCGUCAUAGCGAUCGUCUUCGGAUUCUACUUCAACGGUCGGGUCCCCUCAUUUCUGAGUUUUGACCGAUCGGCUCAGGCCAAAGACAGUUCUAUCUGGUGGUGGAGAUGUUCUCAGGUUCACCACCCUUUCAUGGAGGGUUGUGAACAUAUUUGGCUGGAUCAUCGAGACCGAAAGCUCUACGGUGCUUGUACCAAUGCUAAUUCUCCAAAGGACUGGAACCCCGGAGGCGCUGCUACUACGUGGGCGAGAUCUCGCAGAGAUCACAUCGCGGUCUUGGAAUUGGAUUCCUCCGGUCGGGAGAAUGAAUACAGGAUUCAGCGCCUGGUCAUUCCAGACAACUUUCAUCGGGAGUUGAAUUUACAUGGCUUCGACGCUCGCCGUGUCGGCAAUAGACUUCGAUUCUGGCUGACGAACCAUACGCCAGUUUUAGAUCUCAUGACAGGGAAAGCGCUUGAUGUUCGGACGGAAUCGAGUAUCGAGGUUUUCGAUCUGGAUCUGAAAUCAGGCAAACUUGUCCACAUCAAAAGUAUUUCCAGUGAGGCGCUGGAUUCGCCCAACAACCUGGCAGUCGACAAAGACGGAAAGGGAUUCUUGGUGAUCAACGGCGGUCGCACCAAGCUGGGACCUUUUCGUGGUGGACCAUUUAAAUUUGGCAGCUCAAGCAUCUCCUACUGUCGAACAGAAACGGGAAUCUGCCGGACUGUUGCCAGCCAGGGCUUUGAUCUUGCCAACAGCAUUGCCAUGGGCCACGACGGCUUAGCUUACAUCUCGAUGUCGUCUACUGGGACUCUGGCAGUCUACAAAAUGGCCGGCAAUGAGCUUACUCAAAUUGAUGCUCUUUCCUUGGGCUCAGCACUCGAUCACCUUUCCGUGGAUGCCCGAGGAAACAUUCUCAUCACUGCAUUUACGGACCCUGUCGAAUUGCAAGAAGCAUCAACAAAUCCACAAGCCUCAGUGACUGCGGGAACAGUCUUGAUGGUCCAAAAGAAGAAUGGCCCAUCGAAAAAGCCGGAUGAGGAGCAGUAUAUACUUCAGCCGAUGAUUGAAGAUGAAGCUGCAAAGCUCAUGUCAACGACCACAACGGCCGUACACGAUGUACAGUCCGAUCGCAUAUUUCUAGCUGGUGUAUUUUCGCCGGGUAUUAGUAUAUGCGAAAAGCGAUCCUGA